CGUAAUCGGCCGCCAGCUAAAACAUGAUCAUACCCAAAGUCUAUAGAUCUACCUCCUAAAAUCUAGAGUCUAGGUCUAGCUUAUGUGGGAAAAAUAAUUUUUAACACCCAUUACACCCUACCCCUUAAAAAAAAAUGCGGUCACUGGAAAGCUGUCAGCCAAAUCUAGAUCUAGAUCUAUUACAUUUUGUUCCGGAAGAAAAACAGCAAACAACAUUAAUUUACAUGUUCAAAGAAUAUGAUUUUUAAUACUAGAGAGUGUAAACAAAAAAAAAACUUCCGUGUACUGAAAGAGUUAAAUUGAAUAAACCUAUAACCUUCUGAAAGUUCUGGGUUGAUUGUUUUGAAUGGAUCUCCAAGAGCUGAACAAGCUUCUAAAGACACAGUUAGCACAUCUCCUAAUUUCUAUUCCAGAUUCAAAAGAUUUGGUUCUUGAUGCUGAUUUAACAAAACCACUAGAUCGAGUUGUAGGAAUCAAAUUUUUGAAAGAACAUGGUGUUGAAAAAUUAUAUAUUCUUGAAAGAGGGCAAAAGACACUUCCUGGCUGUGGAAAGAGAAUCUACUUAGUGCGACCAAGCAUGGUAACGAUGAAAUAUAUAGCUGAUCAAAUAAAAAGUGAAAUUAGCUCUGGAGAGAAGCGCUCUUACAAAAUAGUACUUGUGCCUAGAAAAAUCCAUGUCUGUGAAAAAAUAUUAGAAAGUGAAGGAGUUAUGGGCCAUGUCAGCAUUGAUGAAUUUCCUCUAGAGUUAUUUCCAUUAGAUAAAGAUCUUCUUUCUCUGGAGUUGCCUGAACUGUUCACAUCAUUUUUCUUGGAUAAUGAUACAACAUUACUCCACACAGUAGCCUCUUCACUUGUUAACCUACAAAGACUAUUUGGUAAAAUCCCAAAUAUCUUUACCAUUGGAAAAGGAUCAAAGAUGGUGUAUGAUUUAAUGAACUACAUGAGUGAAAAAAGUGAAGAUAAAAAAGAGAGCAAGCAUCAGAUUGGUCAAAUGUUUAUAAUAGACAGAGAUGUUGACUAUGUUUCCCCCAUGUGCACCCCAAUGACAUAUGAAGCAUUAUUGGAUGAGACAUAUAAGAUUGAAUGUGGUGUGAUAAAUUUCGAUACCUCUGGUGAUGGAAAAGCUACUGCCGCUUCAAAACUGCUUCUUACUAGUCAAGAUGAGAUUUACACUCAGAUUAGGGACAGACAUUUUUCUAAUGUUUUCUCAUAUCUUAGUGCUAAAGCAAAAGAACUUCAAGCACUUUAUAAUAAAAAGAAUAAUUUAACAACAGUUGGGGAAAUGAAAGAAUUCGUUGCUAAGGAACUUAGGCAGUUAAAACAUCAGCAAAAGAUUUUAGAGAUGCAUAUUGGUGGAUGUGAACAUAUUAUGAAAACAAAAGAAAAAACUGAUUUUGAAGAGACAAUAAAAACAGAACAAUGUAUGCUUGCUGGUGUUGAAACAAAAGAAAGUAUGACAUUCAUUGAAGAAGGCAUUCAGAAACAGAUUCCGUUGUUACAGUCUCUGCGGCUACUAUGUCUUCUAUCUAUAACACAAGAAGGUUUAUCUUCUAAGGACUACAAAGCUUUUAAAACAGCAUUCCUGCAUAGCCAUGGUUUUGAGCAUCUUGUUACAUUUUUCAACUUGAAAAAAUUGGGAAUUCUGACAGAGCAGGAGGGAAUAGCUGCAAGUCCACGAGUUUUGCUUCCACCAGCCUUUUCAAGAAAAUCAAGCUACAGAUUUCUUAAUCAAAAACUGAACCUAGUGCCAAAACAAACAGAGGAUAUAGACUUGAGAGACCCUAAAGAUGUUUCAUAUAUUUUCAGUGGAGCCUACACACCAUUGCCUUGUAAACUAGUGGAACAGAUUCUUGUUCGUGACAGUUUGAUAGGGCUUGAAGAUGUUGGGAAAGCUUGUGGUGGAAUACAUUCAGAAAUCAAAGUAAAAAAUAGAAGUUUGGGAACAGUCAGAGGUGCACAAAAUAUUGUAGACCCGACAAUGAAAGUUGUGUUGGUAUACUUUUUAGGAGGCUGUACCUUUAGUGAAAUAGCAGCUCUCAGAUUUAUCUCUAAACAAUAUGAUAUCCGGAUUAUUGUGGCCACAACAGCCAUCAUCACUAGCUAUACUCUAUUAGAUAAAGUGGUGGAAAGAAAUAACAGAUGAUGAUUUUCUUGUUUUUACAUGCCAUUUCAAACUGAUGUUGAAACAUUGCUGGUCAAGAGUUACAAAAAAUUCUUUAAAUAUGUCAACUUAAUUGUGUCUCUAAAUUCUACGGUGUAAUAGCUUCACAUUUGAAUUGUGAAGACAAUGAACUAGCUUCUUUGUGCAAUCCCUUAAUUUUUUAAAUAAAUAAAAUGGCAUAAUUAAAAAAAAAAUUAUAUAUAGUUUUAUAUUGUCAUUCACAAAGGUAAAUUACAUAUUGAAACUGUAGCAUUUUAACAUUAUGCACCUUUCAUCCUUUAAAAUGUAAACUAUUAUUUCUAUUAUUUAAUAACAAUAAACUAUGACAUCAAUUUGUAAGUAAUUAGUUCAGGAAUUAUUUUCUUUAUUUAAGUAACAUUUACUGUACAUGAUUAACAAUCUUAUGAUUCCAAUCGGAUUGUAAAUGCCAUACACAGCAGUAAUAGAAAGAACGGAGAAUGUGCAACAACCCCUGGUGAUUACAUAUGCCCAACCUGUGACCUCAGCUAUCUUUAGUCACACAAGAAGUUGCAAAGGGAAAAAAUAAUCACUCGUAAAAUGCCACAGAGAGAGAGAUUCCAAUCACACAUAUAAAUAUUUUUAAAUUGAGAACCUAGAUGUUUAAAGAUAUUAUCAGAUUGAACACCUAAUGGACAUUUAUUUUCUUUUAUAUGCCAUAUAUAUUAUUACACAUGUUGAAAGAUGAAAUGUUACAAUAAACCUUUUGUUACACUAUAA